CGGAACAGCUAACAUACUCUAAAAAUUGGCUAUAAAUUCAGAAAUUUAAAUGUUGUAUAUUUCAUCAUAAUAUGUAAAAAUAAGCAUAACGUGUUAUAUUAAAAACCAACUCUAUAUAAGGCAAUGUCUACUUUUAAAGAUAUUCAUUUUACAUUGUGAUUACAAGUCAUUACUCAAUGACUUCUGUUUUAAACAGUUUGAAAUUAAGUAAUGUGAUUUUUACAUUUUUGCGUCUGUGAUUUUUAAUAUUUUGAAUUAAGAUUAUCCAAAAACUAAAUCAUCUAGACUUUAUGUAUAUAAUAUAUCAAAACACAAUGGACGCGACUCUCGAAAAACCUCAGAAUCAAUGGAACACAUUCAAUUUAACAGAAUCAGCAGAUUUAUUUAAAUUAUUAAAAGAAUUAAAUGCAAUGAAUCAUCAAAGUUCAUCGGGAAAUAUUUUGAAGCUUAAAUUUAUUGUUGGCACCAAUUUUGAAGAAUUAGGGCUUAAGUAUUUAAAGACAUUGGAACAGAAAUUUAAAUUCAAAUCAAUUGUGAUAUUAAUAGCUGCUAAUGAUGGAAAGGAGUUUCACAUUUAUUGGAAAUCAAAAGAUAUUGAUAAAUUUUUAAUUUUGAAAAGUUUUAAUCAAAAUGAUCAAAUUCUUUAUGAAUAUGUUGCUGAAUUUUUGUCUAAAUCACUAAAUGAUGGACAUUUAGGAACUCACAUAAACUUUGACAUAAUAAGCAAUAAUUACGAACCAGAACUUCAUCAUAUUAUGGAUUCUCGAAACUACAACUUACUCUUUGUUGCAUCUGAAGCAGGACAUGCUAAAUCAAUUGAUGCUUUGCUUAAAUAUGGUCUUCAAUCUCAAAUGCCUGAAAAGAAACUAACCGCACAGAGCUUAGCAUUAAACGGAGGCUUUUCUGAUGUGCUUUUAAAGCAACUUCAAGGAAAUCUUCCAUUCCCACCAUUUAUCGAGAUUGAGAAUUGUUCUGAAGAUCUCAAAAGAUUCAUCAACAUGUGUGAGGAAGUUCACAGCAUAAUCAAAUCCAAAAAUUUAAUUAAAUUGAAUGAAAUUUUAUCACAAAAUCCCAACAUUCGGUACUUUUACAAUCAACAAAAUGAAUCAGCUUUAAAAUCUGCAGUCACUAGCCGAGCUUUUAGAAUUUAUAAAUUUUUAAUUGAAAGAAAUUACAACUUUGCACCACACGAAGAUAUUGAUGAGAUUCUUAAGCCUUUAAAUCUCACUGAUAAGGAAGAUUUAAACAAAAUUCACAUUCAAUGCUGUAAAGACCUUCCAGAAAAGCAUAUUAAUAUUCUCAUACACAAUACUACUGUCACACAUGAUGACAAAAAUGAGAAUGAAAGAUUGGAGCUAGUAAGAAAAGCUUACAGGACAUUAAACAAAGACCCACGAUUAAGAAUCAUUCUGCAAAUUGUCGCAGCUGUCAAAUUAUUUCACAUUGUCUUUGACUUCUGUCGUGAUUCAACGUUCGGAAUUGAUCCAACCACAAACACGAGCACAACUGGAAUCUUUUACUACUCUGGCAGAAUUCUGAUAGCUGCUAAGCAACUUCUUAAUCCAAAGACUGAGAAUGAAACGUAUGGUGCUCUUGCCCAUGAACUUUGUCAUUUUGCAGUACAUGAAGUAUUUGAGAAUAAAGCAAAUCCAUGCAGGAAAUUAGAUUAUGAAGCUAAGAUGAAGUUUAAGAAAAUUUUGGAUGUUUGUAAACAAAACAAGGACAAAGAUAAAAUCAUCAACAAUGUUUUUAUGAGUUAUGGAAUUAAUGCUCAACCAUCGGAACUGGUAGUUCGACCAGCUCAUUUGAUUGCUUUGUAUCAUGAUCAACCUUUGGUACUUCAACAAAAAGUCAAGCUAUAUCCAGAGCUUUUUGAAUUCUAUGAGGAAGUUAUUAUUCCUGAGAUGAAGACUGCACUGCCAAAAAUUGACGCUAAGAUAGCUUACUUGCCUGCAUAUACCUUUAGUGUUCUAUCAGACCAGAAGCAAAGUGAGGUUAAGAAUGCGAUUGUUGUUUUUAAGAAUGUAAAGGUUAAGUUAGGCCAGCUUUUUCACGCCAAUUCUAGUGUUUUUGAAAAAUUAACCUCAAAUCAUAUUUCUCAGUUACUAAGCAAGAAAAUCCCUAACUUUAAUGAUCCUCAGCUACGGUAUCUAGAAUAUCAAAUCAAUUUCAAAUGGCAAAGUUUAGCUGACAAUUUGAAAGAUAAAAUUUUUAAUUCCAAACUCAAUUUUCAAGGUCAAGUCAUGAAAUUCAAAGAUUUGUAUAGAUUAUAUCCUUUAACUUUCCAUGCUCUGACUCACAAUCAAAUCAUCAGCAUAUUAAGUGAUGAUCAAAUCAAAAUUGGCGACGAAGUUAAAUCAGACAUUGACUUUUAUAUUGAACGUAAAUUCAUUCCUGAAGAUUCCAAGUUAAUUGAUUUCGAGUAUCAAUAUGGCAGUAAGUAUGUAGACAAUUAUGAGACUCGCGAGCAGCAUAAGAAGCAAAGGAAAGAAAAUAAAACUUUAGAGACAUUUUAUCGCGAAUUUAUAAAGGAGGAAAAUUCGAAUAUUUUGGACGAAGCUAAGGAAAAUUCACACUUUAAGACUUGCUACUUUGAUUUAUGUCAAAAAGGUUAUAGCUUUAUGCAUAAGAGCUCAACUGAGCUCAUCAAUCAAGCUAAAAAUGAUAAGAUUUUGAUUUUAUCAUCAGAAGCAGGUGCUGGCAAGACUGUAACCUUUGAACAGCUUGCAAUUAAGAAUAAAAAAGUCAGUCCAACUCAGUGGGUAUCCUACAUUGACCUCAAUAGCUACACAGAUCUAUAUAAAGUGGAGGGGAGUUCUAUAAAUGUUCAGGUACUUCUAGAAAAAAUCCUUAGUCGAGACUCGACAAAAAACUCUUUCGAAGUUGAAAUAUUCAGAGAAUCUUACAAGUCAGGAAAUUUAGUCUUAGUCUGGAAUGGAUUCGAUGAAAUUUCCCCAACUUAUAAUAACUUUAUCAUAAAUAUAAUUAAAUAUAUCCGCAAUAACACCUCAAAUAUCCAAUUCGUAUGCACAAGACCACUUUAUUCUGCUCAAUUAAGCAAAGCUUUUAAAGUCAGAGCUUGGCAGUUGCUUCCAUUUGAUGAGGAAAAGAAACAAGAAUUUUUGAAGGAAUAUUUUGCAUUCCAAAAGGUUCCAGCUGAUAAAAUUGAGACAUACUUAGAGAAUUUCGACAAAAUUGUGAGGAAAUUGAAUUACGAAAAGCUUUCGUUUGCUUAUGACUUUAAUUCUCCUUUAAUGCUGAAGCUUCUAGCUGCGAUCCAUAAAAAUGAAAAAUUAUUCGAAAAUUCUCACAUUUAUGGAAUUUUUGAUGAUUUUAUAGACGCCAAGAUACGACUCUGGCUUGAAAAAGACAAAAAUAAUUAUGAACAUGCUUCUAAGCUACUUUACAAAUGUUCUUUAAGACCAUUCUUUCAAAAAUAUGCUCUGCUUAAUGAACUUCAAAUAUUCUCAUCCACAACUUUAGUCCUUAAAUUAAGAAAACUGCAAAUAAUGCAGAAAGAUUUUUCCAAAGAUGUUCCAAUCGAGGUAAUUUGUCGCAUGGGAAUUUUGUAUAUUAAUGGCAAGAAUGAGUUCCAAUUUACCCACAAAACAUUGUCUGAAUUUUUCGUUGCUCAAUAUUUUAUUGAGAAUAUCUAUAAUGUUGAUUAUGUGAGCAGUGAUGAAGCUGAAUUGAGGCUCGAGUUGUUCUACCAUUUGACUCACACUUAUGGGAAUCUGCAGCAAAUAAUUACUGACUUUAUGCGCUCAUUCCUUCAAAUAGAAAGCCUCAAUGUGAACAAAAGUUUCAAUUUGACAAUUUCAAGUCUUUUGAAAUCGAAAUUCAAUAACUUUUUCAUUCGCAUGCUCGACACGAACCAUCCUCAGGUCUUUGAGUUUCUAAUUGAAUUUUUUAAAAAGGAUCACGACCUUUUGAUUGAUUUAUUGCAUGUCCAUAAGGAUGAGACAUUCUAUACAGCGAUUUUCAAUCCAAAUUAUUUUGCACUAUCCACAAAUCCUGAAAAAAUAAGCCUCAUUGCUCGAAAGCAUUUAAAUAGCAAUGAAUUUGAGAAAUUUAUAAAUGGAAGGAAUCAAAAAGGGAAGAUUCUUUUUGGGAUGCACUUCUUUAAACUCAUUGGGAUUACAAAGUCACAUGAUUCUCUUAAUUUUGAGGUUAUGUCACUUAAAGAUGCUUCUUAUUGGAAGUUCUUCAAAAAAUAUUGUGGACCUGAAAAUCAAGGUUUAUUCAAGAAGUUAAUGGGCAAGACAAAAGGUAAGAAGUUGAAAGAUAAUGAACAGCAUCAAGUUCUUAUGACUGCUUUGAGUCCAAAAAUUUAUUUAUUUUAUAACAAAAUGUUCAGAAGUUCUGAUUUUGAUGAGUAUAAAAAGUUAUGGGAAAAUUAUGAAAAUUUAAUUCCGUUAGAUCAAAUGCAGAAUUUUCUUGGGGACAUCCUGGUUCAUUAUUUUGAGAUUUGUGGAUAUGAAGUCAAUGGACAUGAAAACUUCUUAUCCUUGCUAUUAGAAAAAGUUGAAAAAUUCUUGACAAAUUCUGAAAUCUAUGAAAUGUUCUUGACAAAAAGCAUCCUGCAUGGAGCUCAUUGGGAUCAUAUAUGCUUUACAAAACUGUGGGAUUUCCUUAAAAGUCACACAAACAAGUAUGAAAGGAAGAUGAUUUUGAGUAAAAAUGAAGUUGGAGAAAGACAUUUCUAUUUUUAUACAUCAAGGGACGAUAUGAAGGAUAAAUAUUCGAAUAAUCAAUAUUCAUAUAGCUACUAUGACUUCACACCAUUCAAGUUAUUCCACAAGUCAAUUAUCACCAAUUUUGAGCUUAUCAAAGAAAUUUAUGAAAAUCAUUUUACCAAAAUUGAAACUCAAAAUAUGAUUUUAAAAUCAAAUGAAUUUCUUUACUAUGCCAUAAGGACUGCAAAUAAAAGACCUUGUGAGAAACUAGUUGCAUACCUCCAAAAUCUGUUUGUAGGAAAUGAAAAUGCUUUGAAAGAAUUCUUAAAUCGGAAAGUUUAUCCAACAGACUUGUCAAUUUAUGAAUUUAUUGAAGUGUUUAGAGGACUUCCUCAUUCUCAAGCAAAAUGGUUUGAUAAUCUAGCUGCUUUUGAUAAUAUUAAUAUUGAAUGAAAAAAUCUUAAAAAUCGUUAAUCUAUAAAAAUUGUAAAAAUGUAUCAAAUUUAAGGGACACUCAGUCAGGAUUGAUCUCAACAAUUAUAAUUAUAUUGUAUAAAUAUCUGAAUUAUUAAAAAAAAAUUGUAUUUUAAGGGGUCGUUCACUUAUGACGUCCGAAACUCACAGUCAUUUUUCAAAAUUUCAAUUUCUUGCUGAACUUCCUCCCUCCUUGGACGUUAUAAGUGAACGGUCCCUGCUGUGUUUAAAGAUUUUAUGCAUGAAAGUUAUAUUUACCUUGUAAUUUUCAAAAAAAUGUUAACUUUUCAGGUCCUCAAAGUCCUUUCAAAACUUAUUCAUGAUUAGUGUAUGUUUAGUGACUAUAUGCUCUACAAGGGCAACUUGGGAACCCUUUAAAUUUUAUAAAAAAUCCAGCAAUCGAUUAUUCUUUGAAUACAAACUAACCUAUUGCCAUUAGAUAAUAGCUAUUAAUAGUCCUACCAAUUGUUCUCACAAUCAUCCUAAAUGCAUAAAUUGAAUAAAUAAAUUUCCUAUCCAACUCUUCC